AUGGUCGAGUCCACACAUCUGUACGACAUCCUGGGCGUGGCGCCCGACGCCUCGUCCGCCGACAUCAAGAAGGCGUACCGCAAACAGUCGCUCGCCAACCACCCGGACAAGAAUCCGGAAAUCGACCAUGCCGUAGCCUCGGAAAAGUUCGCCGAGAUCAACCAUGCAUACGAAACGCUCUCGGAUCCCGACUCGCGCGCCGCAUACGACCGAUACGGCGACGAUGGGCCAGGCGGGCCAGGUGGUGCCGGCGGUAUGCCUCCCGACAUGGACGACUUCCUUGCGAGCAUGUUCGGCGGCGGCAUGGGCAUGGGUGGCAUGGGCGGUAUGGGCGGUAUGGGUGGCAUGCCGCGCGGUCGACGUCCACGCCGAACAAAGGGCGAGGAUGCGGUGAUCGAGUAUUCGGUCACGCUCGCCGACCUGUACAAGGGCAAGACGGCCCACUUCAACCUCACCAAGAACGUCAUCUGCACCCAGUGCGAGGGGUCGGGUGCCAAGCCUGGCCUGUCGGAAAAGGAGUGCGUCAAAUGCUCGGGUAAGGGAUCGGUGCUGCAGCAGCGCAGCAUGGGCAACGGCAUGAUUGCGCAGUCGUACGUCGAGUGUGCCGACUGCCACGGCGAGGGCAAGAAGGUGCGCGACAAGGACCGGUGCAAAAAGUGCAAGGGCGAAAAGACGACCAAGGCCAAGGCCAAGCUCGAUGUGGACAUCGAACGCGGCAUGGUCGACGGCCAGCGCAUCGUCUUCAAGGAGGCUGCGGACCAGGAGCCGGGCGUCAAGCCGGGCGACAUCCUGAUCGAGCUCAAGAUGCAGAAGGACGAUGCGUUUGAAGUCAAGGGGCUCGACCUGCUCACUACGGUGCGGCUGACGCUCGUCGAGGCGCUGCUCGGAUUCGAUCGCACCGUGCUCACCCAUCUCGACGGCCGCCACAUCAAGGUCGCACGCACCGGCAUCACGCGGCCCGGUCAUGUCGACGUCGUGCGAGGAGAGGGUAUGCCGCAGUACCGCGACCGCAGCCAGACCAAGGGCGACCUGUACAUUCGCUGGGAGGUCGACUUCCCCACCGACGCACAGCUCGCUGCCGACCCGGCCAUCCGCGACGCGCUGCGCAACGCUCUGCCGCCAGCAAGGCCCGAUCUGGAAGCCACCCAAGACACCGUAGAGGACACGGUCGAGCCAAGCCCCGCCAAGAUCGAGCAGUUUGGCAGCAACCGCGCGCGCAUCCCUGGACAGGGCCACAUGGACGACGACGGAUGGGAGGACUACGACGAAAUGGGCGGCCAGGGUCCAGGCAUGCAGUGCGCACCGCAAUGA